AUGAAAAUGUUGAAUAUCGUUGGUCGCGGGAAUUCUUCACGAUUUCCACAGAAUCUUCCACAAAACGUAAUAAAGUCUAAGGAAACUUGCAAACAGCAAAAUAGACCAGCAGACUCUUCGUUUUUUUGCUUUCACACAAGACACAGAUCCGAAGCCAGAUUACGUGCUGAAGAAGAAGAAGAGAAAUUGAUACAAGAACAAAUAGAAAGAGCAGAAAAGUUGCAGAAAUUUCAAGCUGAUGUGCAGAAACGGGUUUCAGCAAUUCGGAAAAUGAAACAGCAAAAAGAAAUUGAACGAGGGAUGAAAGACAUGAAUAUUGCUUGCAAUGUAAUGCGCAGUUGUGUUGGUCUCAGCACUUCAGUCAUCAAUCCACAAAAGUUUCUGAUCUCUCUUAAGCAACCAAACAGCUCUUUUGAUGAGGUCCCACAUUCGUUAUCACAGAACCCAGAAAUAUUGACACCACUCUCCCAUGAUAACAACACUAAGCAGCAGCAGCUGGAAGAGAAAAUGCCCUCAACCUCAAGCACAAGUGCUAUUUUUGAUCAAGAAAGUGGACCUGUAAAAAUUAUCUGUGAUGACAAACAAUCUCCAAAUGCAAGUUAUCUCAUCACUGGUGGAAUGAAAGACAAAAAGAAAUUCAACAGAGUUCAUGUUUGA